GGCUGUCAAAGGGGCUUUCGGUUCUCUCAGCGAAGGCGGCCGUAGGGUUACAUGCACCAACGCCGAGCCGCUCUGUCCGUGCCCCGAGGCGUAAGCCGGGGAGCGCUCGCUGAGCCGUAGCGCUGCAGGCAGGCAGGCAGGCAGCGAGCGGCCCGCCGCGGCAGGGCGCUGUGAGGGAGGCGCGGCCGCUCACCCGCGCUCCCCGUCCGCCUUUCGCUUUCGUUUCGUGCCGGCGCCGCACUGCUGUGGGAAACGGAAGCGGGGCUGCGUCCGCGUAGCGCUGCGCGGCUCUUGGCGGUGCGGGCCGGCAGAGACAGCGGAGGAAUCGGCUGAGAAAUUCUUCAUCACUAAACUCGUCGUUCUGCUUUCUGAAUCUCUAAUCUCAGAAAGUUUAGAAUACAGUUACAAGCCAACUUACAUGGAGACUUGAAUGAGAAAUCAGUUACUUCUCUGUGACCGUUCUCCUCCUGGCACCAUUUUGUCCUCUGUCACAGCAGUGCCCUGGCAGAACGCGGGCUGUCUCUGUAGCACUGUGUGAGGCUCAGGCACAGCCCUGAAUAUUUCUCUACAGAAUCUUUUGGUACUCAGAUAUUGCAUCGAGAUGGACCGAGAGUGUAUGAGCAAGAUCAACAGCUACUGCCAGAGGAAUAAGUGCAAGCUCGAGUACGCUGAUGUGGACAUGAAAGGCCCAUCUCAUAACCCUGAGUUUACAGUUGUGGUUAGAAUAGAUGGUAAAGAGUAUGGUGCUGGCACUGGUAAAAGUAAGAAGGAUGCAAAAGCAGCAGCAGCAAAAAAAACGUGGGACAUGAUUGUACAAAAGCAAGAUAGUCCUUCGAGUGUGCAUGCUCCAGAUCUAGUGACAUCUCCUCCAUCUGCGGAUGUGCUAUCUCCAUUUGACUAUGUCAGCCUGCUAAAUAAGUACUCACAAAAGACAUUGCAGCUAGUUGACUACAACAACAUAAACCGUUUUGGAGACGCCCAUGCUCCAAUGUAUUCUUGUAGCUGUACAAUUAGUGGUCAUGUAUAUGGAAAUGGCACUGGAAACUCUCUAGCUGCUGCAAAACAAGCUGCUGCAAAAGAAGCAUAUAGAGUGUUACAGGAGCAAGAAUCUUCAAUACCGAGAAGUGAAAACUCUAGUUCUAUGUUUUGUGAACUUAGUAAUUCUGCUGGAGGGCAGAGUCAGUCUGAGUCAUGGGAAAUUACCUUUAGAGACUCAGCUACAAACUUGACAGAAAAAGCAAAAGACAUGUCACUAUCUGAAGAGCCUACAAAUUCUCGGAGAAAUGUGCCAUGUUCUGCUAUAAAAUCCAAAAGAGCAUUGGCACCUAAUUUUAAUAAUGUGAGAAGCGAGCAGGAAAAACUGAUGUCAAAUAUCUGCAGAAAUAAGAGGGAGGCAGAUGAUGAGUAUACUGUGGAUGAAAGAUUUCGUCAGGAGUAUAAAAAUAUAGAGCCUAUUGGUAAAGGUGGUUUUGGGAAUGUUUUUAAAGCAACAUCAAGGACUGAUGAGAGAACCUAUGCAGUCAAACGAGUUGAGUUAAUAAAUAGGAAUGUGAAGCGUGAAGUGAAAGAACUCGCAAAUCUUGAACAUGAAAACAUAGUGCGGUAUUAUUGCAGCUGGGAAGGGACUGACCAUAUGAUUUACCCAGAGUCAAGUAAGAAUUCUGUCAUAGUUCCUUGCCUCUUCAUCCAAAUGGAAUUAUGUGAACAAGGGCCAUUGGAAAAAUGGAUUGAAAAUAAUAGACAAAACCAAAACUAUCAUGAGAUGGCACAAGACAAAUUUUCACAAAUACUGAAAGGAGUGGACUAUAUUCAUUCUAAAAAUUUAAUUCAUAGAGACCUCAAGCCCCAGAAUAUAUUCCUAUCACAUGAAGGUAAAAUAAAAAUAGGUGACUUUGGUCUUGUGACUUCUGUGACAUAUGACCCUCUGACUAUGAACAGAGGAACACAGUCAUAUAUGGCACCAGAACAGUCUGGGAACAGAUAUGGAAAGGAAGUAGACAUUUAUGCGCUGGGAUUGAUUUGGUUUGAAGUUCUUUCUGCGUUGGUCAGUCAUCAUGAGAAAAACAGGAUAUGGCAGGAUGUUAGAGAUGCUAAAUUUCCACUGGACUUCACCAAGCAAUUUAAAAUCCAGGUAUCCGUAAUCGAAAAGAUGCUUUCAAAAGACCCCUCAAAACGAUUGUCUGCAUCUCAAAUACUCGAUCUUUUGAAGUCUGUUGAUAAAGACAACUCAGAUAAAGCUCAUAGUCACUAAAUGACAUUUUGGAAGGCUUUCAGACUGUGCUGUCUCGUGGCCUGUGAUUCAAACCUUUCUGAAUUGUUCACAGUGAUGUUCAUAUUAAUUACUAGACUUCUUCCUUUUAAGACCAGAGGAGUCAGUGUGCUUGACUGGAAAGCCUACUUUUUGCAGAAAAAAAAUAGAUACACAUGUGGGUUAUUCUUGACUGAAUUUUACUUCUUUAAGGUGAAUUUUCUUCUCACUAGGUACUUCUUGAAAUACCUGGCACCUUCACUACUCUAAAAUUUAAAACUUACUUUUUAAAAUCAGGUCUUCCUUGAAUAUUUAAGUAUUUCUUUCUUUCCCAGAAGCUAUUUGUUCUGUGCUUCUGAAAACCUCUGUUUGUUUUUUGUUUUGUUUUCUUCUUUCUUAUAGGAACAGGUAGGGUCCUGUUAAUACAGAAAUACUCUCCAAGUUUUCUCAAUAGCAACCAUUUAAAAAUCCUUCUCAGGAGAGCACCUUAGACAUCAUCUCCUAUACUGUAAGGUUUUUAUCAAUUAUUAUGGCAUAUGGCCAGUUCUCACGGAUUACAGGUGUACUGAGUAAGGCCAACUCUGCUGGCCUUACUGUCAGCUCAACAUAAGGUGUGAGCAGACUGACCAUUACUGUUUGGUUACAUACUUUAAAGAUUUUAUGUUUGACUGAAUAAGAACUGUGCAGGGAAGAAAAAAUGGGCAAAUUAUUCCUCCUGACUCAUUUUUGAAUAGUUUGAAAAGGUGCAGCUCAUUGCUGUGGCACCUGCUAAAUUCCCUAAAGGAAAAUGCACUAAGACUUCUAAGCAGGGAAGUAUGAUGUGCAUUGGAGAUAAGGUAGCAUAUGAUUUUUCUCAAGUGUUGAACAGGUUGAAGGUGUGUGGUUGGUUAAAAUAUGAAUAUGUGAAUCUUUAUAGUCUUGUGGAAAUUGUUGCUGAAUAGCUAUCUGAUUUUAACAUUCGUUUGUAUGAAUUCAAAUUGUUCCCCCUCCCCUUAUAAUGAAUGUUAUUCUUCAUAAAUAAAGCAUUCUGUUAUUUUGGACUAAUGCAUAUUUCCUUGCAGUACUCAAGAUGUGGGAGAAAUUACAUCCUGAUACAGACAAAAUAGCACCAGUUUUACUUACCUUUGACUUUAAAAUUGCUCUUACAAUAUGAAAAUUGAUAUAGGACAAAUUUCAGCUGAAUUGCCUUUACAGUCUCUGGAUAGAACAUCCAUAACAUCAUUGCUUACUUACUGAUAGGUAAUAUUUACCUUGUACCAGUAGUUUUUGAUAGAUUUUUUUUUUUUUUUUUUUGUGGUAUUUAUAUACCUCAGGUAAUACCUUUCUAUUAGUGGAUGUUUACAGUAGCAUCUGUAUUGUUAUUCCCUAAGAAUAAAAAAGAAUAUUAAAAUAUAUUUAUAUUUUUAAAAAAUUGAACAUGCUCUGUGACCUGGUAAACACACAUAACAGAAUAUUAGCUCAAAUGAUAUUAGUGGCAUUUCAAAAGCCUUGCCCUGGUCACAAACUCUAGAAUAGAAAGAAAAAAUAAAUUGAUGUUUAGUCACCCUUGUAAAAAUGUAACCCCCCCACCUGUUUAACAUAUUUUGUCACAGAGUAAUCAGUCCAUAUAUAUAUCCUUUGUCAAACCUUCAGUUUUAUUAUCAGUUGAUCUUGCUCAAUUGGGGACAGCAUUAACAAAGACUGGAAGUCUUACGUGCCUUGAAUUUACAGUAACUCAACAACAAAUGUAAAAUUUUAAUUUCUAAUAAAUUUUGCAUCACCCAGAAAUAAAAUAAAAACAAAAAACAAACAAAAAAAAAACCAACAACAUAGAAAUGCUCCAAAA